AUGUUGUAUAGUCUUGAUGUGCUUGGUGUAGAAGACCGGGGAGAAGACGAUCAAUUGGAUGUUUACACCGAAUUCAACGAGACCAUUGUUCGAGACAAGGAAGGACGGUACCAAGUCAACGUUCCGUGGAUACCUGGUGCUCAACUUACAGAGACAAAUGAGAUACAGAGCAAGAAACGCCUGCGUUCGGUCACAAAGAAACUCAAUCAAGACCUCGGUUUGAAAACAGAAUACCGGAACAUCGUAGCCCAACAGGUUGAGAAAGGAAUCAUCGAGAGAGUCCCAGGGGAACCGACCGGAAGUCGUGUGUUUUAUAUGCCACAUAAACCAGUGGUAAAAUCUUCUGCCACAACCACAAAGGUCCGAAUGGUGUUUGAUGCCAGCGCGAAGCCGAACCCACUCGCUCGAAGUGUUAAUGAGUGCAUGUAUAAGGGCCCUCCACUACAGCCGUUGCUGUGGGAUAUAUUGAUAAGAGCUCGAAUUGCUCCAAAUUUGCUAAUUGGUGACAUUCAACAGGCAUUCCUUCAAGUCGGAUUGAAACCAGAGGACAGAGAUGCCUUUCGAUUCGUAUUUGAAUUGAUAGACGGAACGGAAGAGCAAUUCAGAUUUACCAGAAUACCCUUUGGCGCAGAAGCGAGCCCCUUUCUUCUCGGAGCCACCUUGUAA